GUGUUGUCAAACGUUGCUAAGGAAGUAAUCAGGCUAACGGUACUUUUAAAUUAUCCACUCUGUCGCCUAACAACAAUAAACCAGAGGGAUAUGUCAGACAAUUAUGAGAAAGCGUCAUCCACCUGACCCCAGCUGGUCGCAUGGCUGGAUGUAAGAGGAUGGAUGAGAAUGGAGAGGACAACACCCUCCGUCAGUACUCUGACACUCCAGGUAAAGGAGACUCAAGUGUCAAUGACAGGAGGACACUCAAGACCCCCUUAGUAGCUGCCAAAUCCUGCAGUGAACACAAAGAUACCCUUAAGCUCAGUGCCACAAAUGUUGAGGAAGAGAUCAGUCCAUACCAGCCACGGCCACCCUCACGACCCAGGCUUUCCAGCAAAAGUGGCUCUGUGGAGGAGAAUGUCAGAACCAGACGGCUGAAAAACAGCCAGGAAAGCCUGAGUGACCCUGCUGAGACUGGCUCAUCUACAGACUCACUCAAAGAGGACCAAACAGCUCUUGUUCCAGGUACGCUAGCUCUCAGAGGUCCUGCCACCAUCAGGAAUAACCAGGACUCCACUGUUAGACCGGUCUCUGCCUUAACGAGAGGAUCCCCAGUCUUUCGGGACAGAGGAAGGAGUCUCUCUGAGUAUGAAAGGACACCCACCAGCCAGCAGAGCAACCUAACAGACCUCCGAGUAAGGGCCGCCAAGCUGCGUCUGUCUCCAGUGCAAUCCACAGGACCUCUGCCUGCUCUGGACCAGAACUUUGCUUCGGCCACUUUAAGGGCAGCUAAUAGGAUUGACAGGGAUUGCUUGGAUUAUGCCGUACUGGCCAGAGAGAAGCACGGGGAGAGACUCCACAGGAACCUGAGUGACAGCCGGCUUCUGGAGAACAUGGGGUCGGAUAGUGCCUCUGUCAACUCCAUGAGGUCCACAUACAGCGUGCUCAGCCCCAUAAGACCUCAGGAUGUCAGGAACAGGAGCUUCCUGGAGGGCAGUGUGCUAGGAAGUGGAGCUCUACUAGGGGCGGAGGAGUUGGACCGCUACUUCCCAGACAGGAGACUGGGCAUCUACAUAGCCACGUGGAACAUGCAAGGGGAGAAGGGGCUUCCGUCCAACUUAGAUGACCUCCUCCUUCCAACAGACUCUGAAUUUGCACAAGAUUUUUAUAUUAUUGGGGUCCAGGAGGGAUGUCCUGACAGGAGGGAGUGGGAGACCCGUCUUCAGGAGACUCUGGGACCUUACUAUGUCAUGCUGUAUGCAGCGUCUCAUGGUGUUUUGUAUCUCAGCGUGUUUGUCAGAAGAGACCUCAUCUGGUUCUGCUCAGAGGUGGAACAUGCCACAGUCACAACCAGGAUCAUCUCCCAGAUCAAAACCAAAGGAGCUGUGGGACUUGCUUUUACAUUUUUUGGAACUUCCUUCCUUUUCAUCACAUCCCAUUUUACUUCUGGAGAUGCCAAAAUUUACGAGAGAAUACUGGACUACAACAAGAUCGUCGAGGCUCUUGCUCUUCCAAAAGGCCUUCCAGACACCAACCCAUACCGCUCCACCCCAUCUGAUGUCACCACAAGAUUUGACCAGGUCUUCUGGUUUGGAGAUUUCAACUUUCGAAUAAAUAAGGCCCGGCUUGAUGUGGAGACCAUCAUAAACCGCACAGUAGGGGACAAUAUGGACCUUCUCCUAGAGCACGACCAGCUCUCCAAGGAAAUUAAAGAGGGUUCAAUUUUUAAAGGCUUCCAAGAGGCACCGAUACACUUCCGCCCUACGUACAAGUUUGACAUCGGCUGUGAUAUCUAUGACACUACUUCUAAACAGAGAACGCCUUCAUAUACAGACAGGAUCUUGUUCAGGAGCAGGCAGGCAGAUGACAUAAAAGUAGCCAAAUACACCAGCUGCUCCAGCAUCAAGACCUCAGACCAUCGGCCAGUCAUCGGUGUCUUCCAGGUCAAACUACGGCCAGGCAGGGACAAUAUUCCUCUGGGUGCGGGCCAGUUUGACCGAGGCUUAUAUUUGGAGGGCAUCAGGAGGAGGAUCACCAGAGAACUAAAGAGGAGGGAGGCCAUGAAGAACCAAAGUAGCAGCACCAUCUGCACCAUCUCCUGAAAUGAACUGAGCAGUCCAAACUGAACUAGGUCCAAACAGUGCCAGUAACUGGAAUUCAAAACCGGACAGGAAGAUGAAGGGCACAAAGAUACCAGAGCUGUCUUGACAUGACCUGGUAGUGUAUGGCAGUAGCUGAGCAGAGGUCGCCCUCUGUUGGGCAUCAAUGGGAACAUUGUAUGUGUGUGAAUGUUCUGGUGGAAGUGGCUGGCUGUACUUGAGGGCAGGGACCUUGAGGUCAGACAGACUAAAGGUUUGCAGACACAGCAGUCUUGUCUUUAUUUAUUCUGCCCCCUCUACUCAAACAGGAGAGGGAGGGGGCUGCCGCUGUGGCUUACUCUUCAGUUACAUGCUCCAGUGUGAACUGAUCUAACCUUAAUGGCCUCUGUGUAACUGCAUUGGCUUUCUAUUUUUUGUAAGUGUUUUAAAGCAUCAUAAACUACAUUGUUAAUUUUUUAAAGCUACAUCAGUGUUCAAAUGCCUUGUUAAUUUGUCAUCAAGCAGCUUACAAAUAUUAUAUUAAGUUGCACUUUUAAAUGUUAUACGGGUGUCUACUUUUGAUUGAUUUUAACUUGAAUUUUAGUCUGAAUGUUUUUAAGGGAGAUAUGUUAUGACUGAAGAGGAGAGCUUUAGAUCAAACAUAAGUUCAAGGCCACAUGGUUCAGGAGAUUGUUACUAUUUAUUUUUAACUACUGUUAAGGAAAUCAUGUAUUUUUGAAAGCACUAACUUUGAAAUUAAAAACACGUUUUACUGUUCACUUUUAUUACUACUUUUCUCAUAGGCCAAGAAAUUCUUCACAACUGUAAUGCAAUGCCUUACCUCUCUCAGUUCAUUGCUAUGUAACUUUAUUCCCUGUACACCAUGUACUGUAUGUAUCACAUUUAUAGAACAUGUAUUCUCAUCAUGAAGCAUAGUCUGUUCCAGAAAAAAAGUGCCUGUAGGUCUUUUUUGUUUCUUCAGGGCCUCUAAUCUUUAUCAGUCUUUUUAUAUGUUCGAUAACAUCCUG